AUGUCUUCGAGAAAGAAGGUCCUUCUCAAGGUUAUUAUCCUUGGCGAUAGCGGUGUUGGCAAGACCAGCUUGAUGAACCAAUAUGUCAACAAGAAGUUCAGUGCGAGUUACAAGGCCACCAUCGGAGCUGAUUUCCUGACUCGAGAGGUCCUGGUUGAUGACCGACAAGUCACCAUGCAGCUGUGGGACACGGCCGGCCAAGAACGAUUCCAAUCCCUGGGCGUGGCCUUUUAUCGAGGCGCCGAUUGCUGCGUCCUCGUCUACGAUGUCAACAACGCCAAGAGCUUCGAGGCGCUGGACAGCUGGAGGGACGAGUUCCUCAUCCAGGCUUCUCCCCGGGACCCCCCCAACUUUCCCUUUGUUGUGCUAGGCAACAAGAUUGAUGUUGAGGAGAGCAAGCGAGUGAUUUCCAACAAGAGAGCCAUGACCUUCUGCCAGUCCAAGGGCGACAUCCCUUACUUUGAGACGAGUGCCAAGGAGGCCAUCAACAUUGACCAGGCUUUUGAGGUGAUUGCCCGAAACGCCCUCGCCCAAGAAGAGUCGGAGGAGUUCAGCGGCGACUUUGAUGACCCGAUUAACAUUCACAUCGAGAACGACCGUGACGGCUGCGCGUGCUAG